UUGCACUCCACACUCACACUCAGCGUUCAAACAUCUCCCUUCCAUCAGCUCCGCGUUUUUUUUUCCUCUAACCUGCUGCCCGUCUCUAUUACCUCUGGAGAGAAGACAAGCGAGGAGACAAUUUCCAUUCCUGUAUUUUUCACAUUGAUUUGGUUAUUAUUAUUGUUGUUAUUAUUUUGGUGCGACCGACGGUUCAUUUUUUUGGUGGAAAUCGGACGGAAGAUGAGCUUCACUGGAGUCUAACGCAUUUUUAAAUUAUUAUUAUUUUUUUUUCCUGUCGUCUUGACCGUCUUGUUGCACUAGACUUCCAUCGCGGGCAAUGGGAAGUAUCGAUUUACAAGGAGGCUGCACAUUUUGCUGUUUUUGAGGGAUGUGUGCAAGCAUGUUGGAAAAAUAGCCAUAGCUUCCGGAUUGUAAGGCCAAAUGACAUAGGAUGAAGGCUAUUCGUAACCUGUUGAUUUAUAUAUUUUCCACCUAUCUCCUGGUUAUGUUUGGAUUUACCGGUGCCCAAGACUUUUGGUGUUCCACUUUGGUUAAGGGGGUUAUAUAUGGAUCCUACUCGGUGAGCGAGAUGUUCCCCAAGAACUACACAAACUGCACUUGGACGUUGGAGAACCCAGACCCUACCAAAUACAGUAUCUACCUGAAAUUGUACAAACGUGACCUGAACUGCUCCAAUUUCUCCUUGCUGGCCUAUCAGUUUGAUCAUUACUCUCAUGAGAAGAUCAAUGAGCAGCUGAGGACCAAUGAGUCCAUCGUGUACAUCUGCGAAUCCAAGAACAUGUACAUAUUCCUGCAGUACGACAAGAACUUUGUGCAGCUUCGCAGGCUUUUUCCUUACGACUACACUGGAUUGAUACAAAGGAGGACGGAGGAGGAGCAGAGGUCUGUGCUGGAGUUUCUAGUUCUGAAUAAGGCGAGCCCCAGCCAGUUCGGCUGCCAGGUGUUGUGUACAUGGCUGGAGAACUGCUUGAAGACAGAGAAAGUGCCCGCGGAGUCGUGUGGAAUGGUGUACGCCAAAUGCACCUGUCCGCAGCACCUAGGUGAUGGGGAGGUGGAGAACACCCUGGUGCUUAACAAUGUGGUGCUGCCAUUGAACCCCCAAACAGAGGGGUGUCUCACCCCCCAGCUCAGAAAUGGGCACAUCUGCAAUUUGAGUGCCGAAGUCAAGCGACCACCUAAGGAGGAAUUUGGAAUGAUCGGAGAGCAUACAGUAAAAAGUCAGCGGCCAAGAUCAGUUCAUGAAACAAAGGGCCAGCAGGAGCAAGAUGAGUCUGCUAAAUUUAUGGCACAAACUGGUGACUCUGGUGCUGAGGAGUGGUCCCAGUGGAGCUCUUGCUCAGUAACAUGUGGUCAAGGGUCGCAGGUGCGAACAAGAACAUGUGUCUCACCUUACGGAACACACUGCAGCGGCCCUUUAAGAGAGUCAAGGGUUUGCAAUAACACUGCCCUCUGUCCAGUGCACGGCGUGUGGGAAGAGUGGUCACCCUGGAGUUUGUGUUCAUUUACAUGUGGCAGAGGCCAGCGCACGAGAACGCGGACAUGCGACCCGCCCCAGCACGGCGGCAGGGCAUGUGACGGACCUGAGAUCCAGACCAAGCUCUGCAACAUCGCCCUCUGCCCAGUGGAUGGGCAGUGGCAAGAGUGGAGCCCGUGGAGUGACUGCUCGGUGACAUGUGCCAAUGGGACCCAGCAGAGGACCAGGCAGUGCUCGGCAGCAGCGCACGGGGGCUCCGAGUGUCGGGGUCAUUGGGCAGAGAGCAGGGAAUGCUACAACCCAGACUGCACAGCCAAUGGCCAGUGGAACCCCUGGGGUCCCUGGAGUGGCUGUUCCAAGUCCUGUGACGGCGGCUGGCAGAGACGGGUCCGACUGUGCCAGGGGGCCGCCGUCACCGGGCAACAGUGCGAGGGCUCCAGUGAUGAGGUGCGGAAGUGCAGCGACCAGCGUUGCCCAGCACCAUAUGAGAUUUGUCCAGAGGAUUAUGCAGUGUCCAUGGUGUGGAGAAGAACUCCGUCCGGGGACCUGGCCUUCAACAGGUGUCCACCAAACGCAACAGGCACCACUAGUCGACGCUGCUCUCUCGACCAACGUGGCGUGGCCUUCUGGGAGCAGCCCAGCUAUGCCCGAUGCAUAACAAAUGAAUACAGAUUCUUGCAGCAAUCAGUGAAGGAGCACCUUGCCAAGGGACAGAGGACCCUAGCUGGAGAUGGCAUGUCACAGGUGACCAAGACCCUGCUGGACCUCACCCAGAGGCGGAGCUUCUAUGCUGGAGACCUGCUGACCUCCGUGGAGAUCCUCCGCAACGUGACUGACACGUUCAAAAGAGCAAGCUACUUGCCUUCAUCCGACGACGUGCAGAAUUUUUUUCAGAUCAUCAGCAACCUUUUAGAAGAGGAGAACAGGGAAAAAUGGGAAGAUGCACAACAGAUCUACCCAGGCUCUGUGGAACUCAUGCAGAUAAUCGAGGACUUCAUCCACAUAGUGGGCCUUGGGAUGAAAGACUUCCAUAACUCCUAUCUGAUGACUGGCAACCUGGUCGCCAGCAUACAGAAGCUGCCAGCAGUGUCAGUGAUGACGGACAUCAACUUCCCCAUGAAGGGCAGAAAAGGCAUGGUGGACUGGGCUAGGAACUCCGAGGACAAAGUCGUCAUCCCCAAAGGCAUUUUCAUCCCUCAGUCUCCGGACCUGGAUGGAUCACCGGUAUUCAUACUGGGGACAGUUCUGUACAAAACUCUUGGACUCAUGCUGCCUUCCCCCAGAAAUAAAACGGCUGUGAACUCCAAAGUUAUCGCUGUGACAGUGAGGCCAGAGCCGAAAAUUGCAGAGACACACCUGGAGAUAGAGCUCGCUCACCUGACUAAUGGCACCAUCAAUCCAUUCUGUGCAUUGUGGGACAGCACCAUCAUGAACGACUCGUGGGGAUCCUGGUCCGCCAAGGGAUGUAAGACCGUGCUCACCGAUGCAUCCCAUACAAAAUGCCUAUGUGAUCGAGUGUCUACCUUCGCCAUUUUGGCUCAGCAACCAAGAGAAAUAACUAUGGAGUACUCAGGGGUCCCAUCUGUGACAUUGAUAGUUGGCUGCGGCCUAUCCUGUCUAGCCUUGAUCACACUGGCAGUAGUCUAUGCUGUCUUAUGGAGAUAUAUUCGAUCAGAAAGGUCAAUCAUCCUAAUCAACUUUUGCUUGUCCAUCAUCUGUUCCAACAUCCUGAUUCUCGUGGGACAGACACAGACACAUAACACGGGCGUCUGCACCAUGACGACGGCGUUCCUGCACUUCUUCUUCCUGGCAUCCUUCUGCUGGGUGCUCACAGAAGCCUGGCAGUCAUACAUGGCCGUCACUGGGAAAGUGCGGACACGGCUGAUCCGGAAGCGCUUCCUGUGUCUAGGAUGGGGGUUGCCAGCUCUUGUGGUUGCCAUUUCUAUGGGCUUCACCAAGGCAAAAGGCUAUGGGACACCUCAGUACUGUUGGCUGUCUUUGGAAGGAGGUCUCCUUUACGCUUUCGUCGGCCCUGCAGCCGCAGUCGUUCUGGUCAACAUGGUGAUUGGCAUCCUAGUGUUCAAUAAAUUGGUUUCUAGAGAUGGGAUCUUGGAUAAGAAGCUGAAACACAGAGCAGGGCAGAUGAGCGAGCCCCAUACAGGAUUAACUCUAAAAUGUGCCAAAUGUGGCGUUGUAUCAACAACCGCUUUAUCAGCAACCACGGCGAGCAACGCGAUGGCCUCCCUGUGGAGCUCUUGCGUUGUCCUGCCGCUGCUGGCUCUGACCUGGAUGUCUGCGGUCCUAGCCAUGACAGAUAAGCGCUCCAUCCUCUUUCAGAUCCUCUUUGCGGUUUUCGACUCGCUGCAGGGAUUCGUCAUCGUGAUGGUCCACUGUAUCCUGAGGAGAGAGGUGCAGGAUGCUUUCCGAUGUCGACUCAGAAACUGUCAAGAUCCAAUUACUGGAGAUGCCACUGGGACAUUUCCCAAUGGCCAUGCACAGAUCAUGACAGACUUUGAGAAGGAUGUGGACAUCGCCUGUAGAUCUGCACUCCACAAAGACAUGGGCUCAUGCCGAGCUGCCACUAUAACAGGCACCCUCUCGCGCAUCUCUCUCAACGACGAGGAGGAGGAGAAAGGACCAGAGGGCCUAAAUUACUCAACGUUGCCUGGCAACAUCAUCUCCAAGGUGAUGAUCCAGCAACCCUCUGGCCUCCACAUGCCCAUGGGUGUCGGCGACCUGGGUGAGCAAUGCCUCAACGAGGGUGCCAGCGACAUGCGGCGCACCGUCUAUCUGUGUACAGACGAUGGGGGGCGGUCGGGUGACCAGGAGAUGGGCGGUCAUGGGCAGCCGCAGGGCCCUCUGAUGGACACCGACUAUAUCGUGAUGCCACGUGCAGCUGGUAACGUGCCUACACUGCUGAAGGACGAAGGAAAGAUGAAUAUCGGCAUGGACCCGAUGGCCCACGAGCGGCUUGUGCAUUACAAGGUUGGCCCUGAGUACAGCGUGAGCUCCUCAGGCAUGGAGCACAUCAACAUGAACCUGGAGCAGCAGUUUGGAGCCCAGGAACAUGGCCAGAGCCUGCCGUUCGAGCCUCGAACAGCAGUCAAAAACUUCUUGGCCGAGAUGGAGGAGAGUGGCGGUCUGUCCAGAAGUGAAACUGGAUCCACAAUAUCAAUGAGCUCCUUGGAGAGAAGAAAAUCGCGAUAUUCAGACCUGGAUUUUGAAAAAGUCAUGCACACCAGGAAAAGGCACAUGGAGCUGUUCCAAGAACUGAACCAGAAAUUUCAGACCUUGGACCGGUUUCGAGAUACACCAAAUAUGGGCAGCAUGGACAAGGCCAUGCCGAACAAGAACCCGUGGGAGAGCUACAGCCCUGCGUGCGAGUACCAGAACUACGCCACCAUGAAUGUACUAGAACCCAACACUAAGGACUCCCUGGAAAUGACACCGGCCGAGUGGGAGAAGUGUGUGAACCUCCCCUUGGAUGUGCAGGAGGGCGACUUCCAGACAGAGGUCUGAGGAAAUGCCACGGGGGGGAGGGACUGGGGAGAAACCAUAAAGUUGGAACGGAUGUAUUUUGCACUGAAAAUGUGAAAGACUUUUCCUACAGCCUUGGCAUACAUAUCUGGACAAUAAAAGUAUGGCAGGGACAUUAUGUGCCAAUACCUAAAACUGAAAAAGAACGAAAAUAGAAAAAAAAAAAACUAAAAACAAACGCAUAAGUGUUUUUUUUUUAUUUUUUUUUUUGUAAUCUCACUAGUGUACUUAGUGGGGGGCAGCCAGGUGUACAAUAUUUACCAUCAUGUGUUUAAAGUACCUGUGGAAUGAAUCCGUCAAGGUAAUCUUUCUAGAUGAAACCUCAACGCAAAGACGCCAUGUUGUCCCAGCUUCAUCGGGUUCUGUUUUUAUUUCACGGAACUGGGCCCGGAAGCACAAUGUAUAUAUUUAUGCAGGUUUUUAAAAAGUUUAUAACAGUUUGUUUGGCCAUUACUACACUUUUUACUUUAUAAUAUUAAAACAAGAAGAGGCAAAAGGAUUUUUUCUGUCAUUUAAAAUGAAUGUUUGUCAAGCUACAUUCUUCAUUGCUUUAAAUGCAAUAAAGGUAAUACUCACUUUUAUAUGAAUAAUAUAUUUCACAACUUUAUUACUGCAGACCCCGCUUGACAGCUCUCAGCAAGCCCUAUCAUCUGCAGCCCUGUAUAAAAUAUUUAAAACAAAAAUGUUGUAUGGUGUAAAUAAACUUUUGUCUACAUAUGUUUUACCUGUGCCAAUUUAUUUUAAUGAGAAUAUUGCCAACCUGAUCAAAAAAUAUAGCAAAAUAUGUUAACAUUUGAAAAAAAGAAUGUAAAUAAA